AUGCUCUUCUCGGGCACGGAGUCUGCCUUCCUUUUGUCAGUGACUCAGGCUGCCAGGCUGUUAAGGCUGCUCAGGCUGCUGCCAUCAGCACGUCACCAAGAUGCAAUCGAGGAGCUGACUGCUUAUCGUUACACCAGGCUGCCUGCCACCACGCGGUCUGCCUGGAAGUCAUCUGUAACUGUAAGGGACAGAGAGGUUCGGAGUCUUUCCUUCCUGCACGGACCGGAUGGACCAGAAAUUGAGGAUUCAGGAAUCAACCAAGAGCAUCCAUCCCACUUCCAUGAACCACUGCUUCUAUUCUUGGUCUCUCCUGCACCACAUCAAGUUCAUCUUCUCUCGCAUCGUCGUUUGAGAAUCCCCCCCACUCGCCGCACAUCAUGA